CGCCAACGAGGUGGACCAGUAAUGUGCAGCGUGCUGGUGGGAUGAUUGUGUCGCUCCUCUUUUUUUCUGCCUUUUGCCUCUCCCUUUUGGUAGAAUUUACUACCACGAGACCUGUUCGGUAUCAGGCUGGAUCCUUAGGUCCGAUAAAGGUCAACGCCGCCCUCGAGUCGCACAGGAAUGGGGUUUGUACUCCCGGCAUGAGCCAACGACUCGGAUAUCCCUGUGAAGAUUUACUAAAAAGUCAGGAUCUUGUUGUCUUCGCAUCCGAACGGUCACAUGCUCUGAUGCCCAGCAUGGUUUCCCCCGCAUCCGAGACGCCAAGCUAUGUGGAAGGUCCUUUGGGCCUGUAUGACUCUUCGCGGCUUCAUUCUGGAGAUCUACCAAAACCUCAAAAACCGCCGGUCGUCGCGUCCGAACGAUCUGAUCGUUUGAUGCAGAACGUAGCCUUCUGUACGUCUGAAAUGCCGAGUUGCGAAGACGUUAAUUCGGCUGUGGACGAAUCUUCACAGGUUCAUGCUGAGCAUUCAAUCAAAGCCCGCGUUCUCGCAUCCGAAGGAAACGAAGAUACACCUCAUCAGCCUCAUCUCUCAACGCCAUUAUUCAUAUUCCCACGAACAGUUAUUCAGACCUCGUCAAAUGAUGUCACAACGCCCGUCUCACCCGCGCACCAGCUUCCCAUGUUUGCCUCCUUCGCGCCACUGCUCUCCUAUAGCAGUAUAGUUCUAUUCAUCGCCUUUGUCGUAUCGCGAUUACAGCGAUGGUUCUCCCGAAGACGAAGGCGCCAGGGCUCAUUAGGACUUGAUGGGGUCGAAUUGCUUCCUACAACCACAGCAUCAGUACUCCCAGAGUUCAGGGAUUAUAUUGUACAACCCCCAAAUGUUCCCCCAACAGUUUCGUCUCCAGGCAGGUUGGGGAGGCGUAUCGAAGCGCACAAGUCAAUAGACGCUCUCGGGGCUGUCGGAACGCGGUUGAAAAAGCCCUUUCGGAGUCAAAGCCUUAGUCUGCCAAAGGCAGAAACAAGUGGUCUUCAUGCACCAGUACAGUUUCGCUCGUUUGCCUCAGAACCACGCUCAAAAUCCACUCCAAACACUCCGAAUGGACUUCUAGUGGACUUGUCGCCAACACAUGAUUGGAAUGCUAGGAACGGUAUCCACGCUCGCCGACCUUUCGUGAAUGAUGUCUUGCUUGGAAACACCAGCCUUUGGGCAGCAGACGUCAACGUGUCGUCGGACACCCUCUUUGGCCUUCGACAGACAUUAUCGAAUCAGAGUGUUGACAUUGCUGAUGUACCGUUAAAGCCUAUAGUAAUGAAGUCAAGAGUUUCAGCGGCUCCUGUAGAGGUCAUUACGGUAGCAGUUCCAGUGGCAGCUUUUGGCGCUAAAGCGACUUCCCCGUCACUAUCUGACUCCUACUCUGAGCAAGACAUAACCGUCGUUCAGAGCAACUCUGAUCACCCUCUUAUUGAAUUCUCACCAAAGGGCGGCAGCGCCUUGGAUUUGACUGCAGCAGCGCCGGUGGUUGAUGAUACCCAUGAGAUUGGAGCGCGGGACGAAGUCACAUCCCUUCCGCAUUCUUCUCUUCAGGAAAAGCCCUUAAUGGAGUUUAGUCAGUGGGACGAGGAGGGAUGGGGAUUCGAGGUCGUUUCCUUGCCCUCUGUUGAUGACGAAUGCAUGGGAAUUACGAAAAUGUCCACCGUAACUCGAGAAGAGGAAUCCGUUUACGAGGUUGCCGAGCACAGCGUGCAAAAACCACUCCUUCCUAGUCCGGUUCAAAAUUCCACAGAUGUUCAUGCUGAAUAUUCGGUUCAGGACAUCACAGUAAUUUCUUCGCCUCUUCACGCUGAUGAAAAAAUUAUAUCAGCCGAUGAGGACGCGAAACCGGACACUGCGGAGGGGACUGUUGUAGUAUUGCUACGGGAGUCAGUGGAAGAUACGCUCGUCUCUUCGGCUGCCGAGAAUUUAUGGACAGCCGCUGUUCUUGAUGAAGGGGCGCCUGUCGUGCAGCGCUCUUUGGAUGCGAAAUCUUCUGAAGCAUCAGAAGCCGUAGAACUGCAGGACACUUCUGAUAACUCUGACCCAUACAGCGAUUUUGAUGAUGCAUUGACUUGGAAUCAGCCUACACCCCCGGUCUUGGUAGAACCACCGACGACGAUUGAUAUCGACGAACAACACGACAAUUAUGACAUCUAUGAUAACUCCGACGACAACAAGGAUCCAUUCCAUCAUUCUUACGAUGCCUUAGCAGAACCGCAACGAUCAGAAUCAUUAGCGGUUGACACGAUUAUUCUUUCUUUACCUCUCGAGGUAGAAUGUCCCUCUCCUGACGCGCAGCUAAUGCCAGAUAUACCACCUUCAGAAUCCCCGGAGAUGGAUACAUCUAUUGACGAUGCCCUCGUUUCCCAGCCGGAGAUGAAUGCUCCUGCGCUUUCGCCUGUUGCCGUAUUAGAUUCUUCUUCAGCCUCGCCUCAGACGUGUAUUGCUGUUGACUCAGUUAGUAUUGUUCAGCGAAGUCCGGAGCUUUUGGAUUUGGAAGAUACAACCACUGAUGUAUCCAUUCCGGAGUUGGUUAUAGACCAGCAUGAUCUCUCUACGGCGACAAAGGAAUUCCCCGAUCCGGAGCUCAUUCCGCUACCCAUCUCGCCCAAAGAACGAGAUUCUUCGCUCCUGGUAUAUCGAACACCCACAUCUCUCACCCCGCUGCCUCUGUCUCCAGUACGCAAAUCCCCUGCACGACCAGCUUGGUCACUACGCGCGGCCGAUGCCCCCCCACUAGGCCUCAGUGCCAGCGCAUCAGCAGUUGGUCUACCCUCGCUCAUCGAGGAAGAAGAGAAGGUCAAGAGCGAAGUCGAGAAUGCAAAGGAUUCUUCCCCGGUUCCGCCUUCAUCUUCUGCAUCUUCUAUGACCUUGUCAUCGAGUCUUCCAGGUGCAUUCCCGGAGCCAGAGGCCAAAGAGACGGCCAUAGCUGUUUCCCCAUCGAAGGAAGUAGAAGUAAGGUCUACUCCUUCCCGACCUCGUGUGACACGUUCACCCAUCGAUAUCGCGUUGGCGAUGCAACUCCGUCCCGGUUUGGGCGUUGGGGCAGACCCAGCGUGGAUGGUGAGGUUCUUAAUGUCGAUGUUUGGAUGGUUUGUUGUGAUGCUUUCUGGAAGUGGGGGUUCCGAUGGGUAUUAUUACCCUAUACGACGUUGAGGUGGUAAUGCAUUUUUCCAUUUGUUUUGUUUAUUUUUUCUCUUGCUCUUUGUCACUCGCACUUGCAAUUAUGGAACGCAACGGAAUUCGGACAGCAUCAUUCAUUCAUACCCAUCAGCAAUCUUUGUCGCAUGUAUUCCUUCAUCCUCGGCAACUCUGUUAUCUACGCAUUCUAUUACCUUACAUACCGUUUUGACUCUUAUUUUGCAUUUUACAUGCUAUCUUUAAUCAGUAUUGCAAAGUCCUUCGGGUUUCAUAUCGGACCCUUGUUUCUAAAGUUGAAAACCUGAGACUCAUGGC